AUGAUCAGCUUAGCAUCGUCCUUAUCAGUGCGGGGACCAAAGCAGACUGGUGCGGAAACCAACGACUCCGCAUUCUCGCUCACUGAGGACUUCCUCAAAUCAACAUUCUCCCGGUCUCUGAGGACUGCUGACCGUACUAUACUUGACAUACGAGCACAUACAACGCUCUCAUAUUCGAUACACUAUGACCUGAUCCAAGGCCAGGUCCCACCCUGCCUUCUCCCGAUGCCGCGACCCAAAGUCCUCCCAGCGAACCGUCUACGAGCCCCAGAAGCAUGCCUCGCGUGCCGGGCCUCCAAAAAGCGCUGUAGCGGCACCUUUCCAUGUUCCAAAUGUAUUCGUAAUGGACGCGCCGACACCUGCGUGCCGUUUCGGCGAUCGACUACCGCGUCCUCCCCGCGGCCGAUAAACGAUGCCUACGAGGUGAUCAGUCCCGAUGCUGGACGUCGGAUACGGAACACAUCGACUAUCAGUGCUGCACGUCUUCCGCAGCUUCUCCCAGCUUUGAAUGGUACAUCAGGUGCACCGCACAAGACGCAUUCUCGCAUGCUGCGGAGUCGGCAGGGCGAACGAGGUAUAAGCGUCCACCCUUGGUUUCAAUAUGAGGAAUGCGCGUUGCUAAGGGCUGUUUUAGUGUAUAUCGGGAGGGCCGCGUCGCUGUCUUUCUUGCAGUUGCUUCGGGAUACCGUUACACAGCAUAUUGGCCCCUCACAGUUCUCGCAUAAUGUCACGAAAGAAGACAUGCUUGAGACGGAUACUCCGGAUGAAGUACCGGCGUCGUUUCAGGAUAAUGUUGGUCACCAGGAAGAGCAAGCUUACUUGCGUGUCUACCACAUUGCGACUAGCGGUUUUAUCAACGUCCUUUCGGAGUCGGAGGCCCGUCAAAUACUAGGAACAAUGCCUCCGACCAAUGAGACGCCUAACAAGAAAAUGGCGGCUCUACGAGAUAUCAUGAUUGCCAUCGGGGCGCAGUCAUCAAAGAAUGAUCUGAGUCCGGCAAGCAAGCGGGCAGAACGGUUUUUCUUCAAGCGUGCCCAGCAAUGCGCAUUCGCAGAUCAUAGGACCCGAGUAUGGAUGAGCCUCUGCACAUUAGACCUUCUAGUCAGCUCGAUUCUAGGGCGGCCACCAGCAACAGCCAAUCUGCACUCCGAACCAGCAGAUGUAGAAUCGACGCCGCAAAUUGGCGCUGGGGACGAUCGCCUCGUCGCUUCACACAAUAUGACGCGGAUCCUCGACGAGAUCGUCUCUCGGCUAUACAACGAAAAGGCUGCUUCAACAGAGGUAGCAGAGUCGCUGCUUGACAAGCUGAAACAGUGGAGCAAUGAUCUCCCUGAAUCGUUAUUAUCCUCACCAAGCACGCCACAAGAGCGCCUCGCUGCGCAGGAGCACAUUAUCGGCAGCCUACAUAUUGCCUGUGCUUAUCAUUUUGCUGUCAUCAUCGUAACACGUCCAUUCAUGGUUCAAGUCUUGGGAGUGCGACUGGCACGACUACACCAAGAAUCGCCGGGAAUCAUCCAAGACAGCACAUUACUAGAGGACCCUGCGCACACGAGACUCGCCAACGCCUGUGUCGAGUCCGCUUUGUACAUGAUCCAAACCUGCCUCGAAGUGCACCAAUCCCGUCUCCUCCUAGGCAACAUGUGUAUUCUUAAGGCCCUCGUCUUCGCCGCAGCCCUCAUCCCCGGCUUCUCCAUGUUCUCGCAGAAGGAGCUAGACUCGACCCUCGAGGAGGCAUUCACCGGGGCGCUCGAGAUCCUCCGCGUCCUUUCCCAACAAUCCGCCCAGGCUGCGCACUACUUCGAGAUCCUGAAUCUCCUCCGCAACGCAAUUGACGAGCAGCGGCAGCGGCUUCGGGAAAAUCCACCCCCAGAUAAGAAAUACGUUAGCAAGCUUUUCAGUCUGAAUAAUCGCAGAAAUCUCGACUCUCAGCCGCAAAGUGAUGUAGCGGCGGCAAUGUCCCUAGUUUCUGACCGUGGUGCGGCUGGUUCGUCCACGAUUUCAUCGGAGUUAACUGCAGCUCAACACCUUCAUAUCGGCACCGACGUGGGGACUUCGUACCCCGAGCCUGAUAAUUCAGCUCAAGCUCAGGCUCAAGAUAACGAUCAGAAUAGCGGCCUCUUGGACCCAGCAGACGUCAAUACUGCAUUUCCAGGAUGGGAGGGCAUGGAGUUACCGUUAUGGGACAGGUUCCCGUUUAUUGAUGAUUCAUUCCUGAAUUAG